CAGCUCUGUCUGAUUUUCUUUUUUUGUUCCAUAUCCGGAGAUUUUGAAUCUUUGUGUCUCUGAUAUUUUUGUACUUGAGACUUAAAAAUUUGACCGUCAGACCACAACACAGGCAACAAUGAGGAUCACGACAGCUGUACUCUGGGCAGCAGCUGUGUUGGUGGGACUCCAGACGAGCACUUCAUCCCCUGACAACUUUGUAGACCACUCAUCCCAAAACCUCUCCUCCGUCCCAACAGACCUGCCGCCGACCGCUGAGUUUUUAGACCUCUCAUGCAACUACAUACAUCAGCUUCACAAAGGAGACUUUAAAAACACCGCUCACCUUAGGUUCCUGAAUGUGUCAUGGAACAGUUUGGAGGAGAUCGAUCCGGAGACAUUUCUUGACACGCCUCUCCUGGAACAUCUGGACCUCUCACACAACAGGCUUAAGAACCUGUCAGGGCAACAAUACCUGUUACACACAGGGAACCUCCUGAUGCUGGACCUGAGCUCUAACACAUUUCUUACCAUGACCCUGGGGAGUGAGUUCAGUGGUCUUGUAAAACUGGAGAAAUUAAUAGUUGGAGCAAAAAACAUCAGCGUGGGUGACUUCAAGAACAUUGCUAAGGUGAAACUGCGUAUACUGACCCUAUCACUGGAGGAUGAGCUUUAUUAUGAAGCAGGCAGUCUGGAGAGUGUUCGUGCUGAAAAGCUGCAGAUAGCCUUUGGAAGUAAUCAGAAAAUUGACCAUAAUCUGACUGAUGAUGCUCUGUCCAUCUUUGAUGAAGUGGAGAUGAUGAAUAUGAAAUAUGGCUACAAAGAGUUAAGUAAGCAUCUAAGACAGAGAGUGGCAAUCAAAACGUCAGGUUUUUAUCUCACUAACAUAUCAAUUGAAUGGGCAGACCUCACCGAAUAUGUGAAUGUGGCUCUGCAUACAUCUUUUCAACAUCUUGGCGCCUCUGAUGUGAACAUAAUGAAUCCUCCUCAACAUGAAACUGAAGUGACCAAAACAUCAAAGGUGAAGUCUUUCACAGCCAGACGGGCAGCGGUAUCAUCUUUCCUCUUCUCACAGGAGGCUUUAUACAAGUUUUUUAUCAGCAUGCCAGUGGAAAGUGUAGCAAUUACGGAGUCUCCACUUAUACACAUGACCUGUCCCCAGACACAGAGUAACAUACGCAAGUUGGAUUUUUCUAAUUGUGCUAUGUCUGACUCCAUCUUCUCAAGUGUAGUGGGUGAAAAGAUUGUUGAAUGUGAGAAUCUGAGUAACCUGAAGAACUUGACUCUGGUAGGCAACAAUCUUAAAAACCUGCACUUACUGAGCAAACGUCUUCAAUACAUGUCGUCCUUGGAAAACCUGGACCUCAGCGUCAACUCCAUAGGAUAUGACGGCUUGUUAGAGUGCAUCUGGCCAUCAAGCAUCACCAAUAUCAGUCUGUCUUCUAAUAGUCUGACUGACUCCGUUUUUAAAUGUCUACCAAAUAGGACGCAGAUACUGGACCUCCAGAACAACCAGAUUUCUGUGGUGCCACAAGCCAUCUUCAAACUGAGAUACCUUUCAUCUCUGAAUCUAAAUGCUAACCGGCUGCGGGACCUGCCAGUAUGUGAUGCUUUCCCUAUACUUCAGAGGCUUAUGCUCCGGUCAAAUGCUCUCCACGCCCCAUCUGUGAACAUGUUGGAAAGCUGUCCCAAACUUAAUUUCCUAGAUGUCAGUUUUAACCCCUUUACCUGCACCUGCGCUCUCAGGAGUUUCAUAAAGCUCGCCAUCAAGUCUGAAACGACCAGCAGCCCAACAGGAAUUGAGCUGUUGGGUUGGCCACAGGGCUAUUACUGCUCAUACCCUGAGGAUGUUAGAAACUCAACUUUGAGAGACAUCUCAAUCCCAGAGGUCUCCUGCAAUGUCGGCCUUCUAGCUGCCACUAUUUUGGUCCCAGCAGGGAUUCUGAUUAUCACUGUUGUGAUGUUGUGUUACCAUCUAGAUGUCCCCUGGUACACAGGUAUGAUCUGGCAGUGGACGAGAGCCAAACACCGUGCCAGAAUGCAACAAGUUCGACCUGAAGAUCUGGUGGGCCUCGAGUUCCAUGCAUUUGUGUCUUACAGCCAGCAUGAUGUAGACUGGGUGCACAAUUUCCUCCUUCCCAACCUUGAAGGCCCUGCAGGAGGGCUCAGAGUCUGCCAUCACGAGAAACACUUUGUGCCAGGAAAGACAAUCAUCGAGAACAUCAUCAGCUGCGUGGAGAAAUGCAGACGCUCCGUGUUUGUGCUCUCUGCUCACUUUGUCAAGAGCGAGUGGUGUCAUUAUGAGCUCUACUUCGCCAGCCAUCAACAUCUCACUCUGGGCACAGACAGCAUUGUGUUGGUACUGCUCGAGCCUCUGCCUCAAUACCUGAUCCCAUCCAAGUACUACCAGCUGAAGUCCAUGAUGAACCGCCACACGUAUCUGGAGUGGCCUCAGGACAGGGCAAAACAAAGGUUGUUCUGGGCUAACCUCAGAGCUGCCCUACAGACUGACCUGCCAAAUGCUCCAGUCACACAAACACAGGAGUGACUGCAGAGGGAAACUGGGUAACGGAGUAAAAAGGGGCCAUAAAAGCAUUUGAAUGCACUAAAAAUGAUGUUUAGCUAUCUUGCUUCUUUGAAGAUAUGGUUACCUUUUAUAUCCAUCUACCUUUUAAUUUUGUUUUAUUAGGAGAUAAGGAUGUGAUAUGACUGCAAUAUAUACGUUAUGAAAUAAUAUGUAAACUUGUUUAAACCAUUCAAGUGACAUUUAAUGGAAACAUCCAAACAA